CGCUGAACCAAUGCAAAGAGAGCAAUUUGAGAAGUUAUUGGAUAAAUAACAAUGAGUAGAAAAAAUGAAGGCUUUAACCAUUUAGAAUUUAUCAUUUGUACAAGUUCAAAUACUAUAUCUAGUAUAUGAUCAGUGAAAGUAAUGUACAUGUAGGUCUCAUGGUCUGAAGGUUAAAAUGCUACAGAAAAAAUUGAAUUUCGUACUCUGUAUUUUUGGACUAUUGCAGAAUUGUUACAGUCAGUCAUAUCAGAGAACUGCUGUACUUGUACGUUCAGAGACUAUACCAGGCGAGAACUUGUUUAUUCGUGGAGGUAUUAGUCAUGACAUAAGGCCCGGGUGUGUCGAGAAUGCUGAGCUGAGCGCAUGCGCAAUACCCAUCCGACACAGAAGAGUUCCAAUUGCUGGCGAAUCGAGCGCCCCCUAUGUUUGGUCUCAAGGAGACAACUAUCUAGAUUGGUAUGGUGCGGAGAAUUAUCAGGGACGAUUCCAAGGACAAAUUGCGGCUGGAACUCCUAUGAUUUGGACCACCGACAGUUCUUCAGGUCCUAUCGUGGACAUCGAUGGCUAUGGCUAUACCGGGUUGAAUGUCUAUGGAAAUCACUAUUGGAUGCUUGAUGUUGACAUGGACUGUGCCAAAACUGAAGGAAAUUGGUUUGAGUUCAAGGUGUACACAGAUCCUACAUCUGGUUGGGAGCCGGACAUCACUCAGAGCAUGGCAUGUGGCGGAGAAGCUGGUGGAACUAGACCCUUUGCAUCCACUAAUCACGUGGCUCAAUGUGGCAAAUUCAAUAUGUUUUACUACGAUAAUUACGGUUGCAUUAUCGGUGAAAUACCAACCAGUACCCCAACUCCUCUUCCACCAGACAAUAUGUGUGGUACUCAGAAGGUAGUGUCUGGCAAUGCAGAAGCAAGUAUAGUUGGUGGACGACCUGCCUCAUUGGGUAGAUGGCCCUGGAUGAUCUCAUUGAGAUAUAGGGAGGGGCAUGCGUGUGGAGCCAACCUUAUAUCUCCAAAAUGGGCAAUCACAGCGGCGCAUUGUCUAAGAGGUGCGACUCCGUACGGUACAUGGGGAGCGAUACUGAGAAUUGGUGAGCACAAUAGGGACGUUCUUGAGGGCAUAGAAGGAGAUUAUUUCAUCAAGAACAUCAUAAGACACGAAGGCUAUGGUAAUGGUGAAGUAGAAGGGGACAACGAUGUAGCACUUUUAGAGCUGACAUACCCAGUAGAUAUGGCCAGCAACUACAUUAACACUGUCUGCUUACCUCAAGGUGUUGGACUCGAUGAAUUCGUGGGAAGGGAGUGCUGGGCUGCAGGAUGGGGGAGUACAGAGGGUACUGGCAAUGCUAGGAGACUCCAGGAGGUACAGGUGCCGGUAUAUUCAGAUGCUGAAUGUAGAAAUCAUUUUGGCGCAGAUAGAAUCUCAAGGCGCCAGAUUUGUAUGGGGAUGGAUGGAGCUUCAGCUUGCGGGGGAGAUUCUGGCGGUCCUCUUCAAUGCUUGAUGAAUGGACGAUGGUUAUUGGCUGGAAUAACGUCAUGGGGAAGUCCCGGAUGUGCUGGUCCAUCUGUUUAUAUGCGCAUCAGUGAAUAUGUCGACUGGAUAUAUGCAAAUACUGGUGUUAGUUUGGUUUAUACAAAUUCUAUAAAAUAGUAAUAAAUAAUUCCUCUACUUACCACAAUACAUUAGUCACAAUCCCAACAAGCAAAAUAUACAUGAGAGAUAUGUUAUCAAAUUCAAUACUGUCUGUAGCACCUCGAAAGACAGUCCGCCGUGUUUUCUAUUUCAAUACACACAUCUUGCUGG